AUGUCUUCUCGACAGAAUACGUUACCGGAGGGGUCCACUGUCGUACCAAUUAUCUGCGCGUCGGAUGGCACACAUCUGACAAAUUUCAGCGGGGACAAGAAAGCCUGGCCAAUCUAUCUUACCAUCGGGAACAUCAAGUCGUCGGUGCGCAACAAGCCCACAGGGCAUUCAUUCAUUCUCCUAGGGCUGCUACCAGUGCCACCGAAGCUCGGAAAGCAUACAACACUCGCUAAUUCCGUUUUAAGACGUCAGAGUCAAAUGGCACUGCAUCGUGCCCUUGGGGAGAUCUUUCAAAGCAUUCGCGAGUGCUCUCAGGAGGGCGAGCUAAUCAAAUGCGCCGACGGCUACGAACGACUAUGCUUUCCGGUGCUCUCGGGCUGGAUCGCCGAUCAACCCGAGCAUUCAAACUUGCAAAACAUUAGCACUAGUGCUUGCCCGAGAUGCGAGGUGGAGUUUCACAAUCUUGGGAGCACUCGUCGAAGCUCUAUGCGCAAUCACGAGGACUACAGGGAGAGGGUACAGCUAUUUGGCGAUAACCCGGGCAAUCUAGAACCGGUAGAAUACCUUGUUGGGAGAUCCGUCAAAACACUCUUCAAUGCUUUCUGGGGUAUGCCGAGGGUUAAUCCGUACGAUCUCAAUAAACCGGACAUACUGCACAAUAUUUACCUGGGGAUGUUGAAGCACAUGAUGGAGUGGAUUCAGGGUUUCUUGAAGAAGCAUCAUCGAUUGGAGGAAUUCGACAAAGCUUGGGCUUCGAUUGCGCCUUACCCUGGACUAGCAGUACCAAACAAGGCAUAUCGUUCUACCACCCAAUGGCAAGGGAAAGAGAUGCGGAAUCUGGGGCGGGUCGUUCUAGGAGCACUCGCGGCUGCUCUGAGAAACCCGGGAGUGGCUGUCAGGAGCGACUUCGCAAAAGCUUUGAAAUGCGUUCGAAGCCUAAUAGACUUCCACUUAAUGGCGCAAUAUGGGAGUCAUACAACGAGCACACUGGACUAUAUGGAGAGCUAUCUCGAGGAUUUCCAUAAACACAAGGAUAUCUUUUUAGAAUUCAGGGCGUACAAGAAGACGUUAAAGGAUGCGAGAGAUCGAACGAAAGCAAUUAGUGGCUCCCAGAGCACCCAGCGAGGCUUGGAGGAGAUCCGGGAGAUUCGGGAAAGAUCGCACUUCAACUUCAUCAAAUUGCACGUCUUAAUGCACUACCGGGAGCACGUUGAGCGCUUUGGUAGCAUUCCUCAAUACUCCACGGACGUCAGCGAGCUUGCCCAUGUACGGCAGGUAAAAGAAGCUUACAGAGCGUCCAACAAGGUUGAUGCUACGACGCAGAUACUGGACUAUGGAGGGAGGCGAUUGGCAUUAGAGAUUCGAAUUCUGAAUCUGAAAGACAUCGUCGGAGGUUCUGAGAGCACUGAUGACAUCCUCUGGAGCCAUCGGGAUAACCUCAAGGAGUUGCUCGACAUUUUCAAGAUCGAGGACCGCAAGAAAACGCCAAAUGAACGCUCAAUAGUAGAAAGUGGACUGCCCCUGACGCGUCUUUGCAACCCCUCCGCGAAAUCGGAAAGACUUUUCAACGUGGCAGACGGACUGCAAAUGAGCCAUCUCACGCUAUAUCGCCUGAUAAAGGAGUAUGCCGAGGAUGCGGGAUGCUCUCAGAGCUUUGCCGGAAGCUCUGAGAGCAUGUUGGAGAGCCGGGUGGAGGUUUUCACAUGCUUGCAGGUUCCGAUACCAAUCUUCCAAAGGCCUGACGUAUAUGAGGUUCACAACAUCAGGUGUACGGGAACAGCAUCUUUUAGGAAGGGGAAAAUAAGAAAGGAUUGGGCAUGGGUAUCGGUAGGUUCCUCAGAGCAGUGGGGAGUAUUUCGGGGACGCUUACCAGGACGUGUGGAGGCUCUGUUCAAGGUGCGGGAUAGCACAGGGUGCGCACAUAGACUAUGUGUAGUUGAGCUGCUUGAGGAGAAGGAUCGUGGUAUCGCUGAUAGCUCACAUGGGCUGCUGAAGGUCUGUAGGAGGAGGAGGAAGAGGAUGUGGGUCGUGAAUAUUCGGAGUAUAUUAGGAAUGUCCCAUUUGUUCGAGGUGGAUGCUGGCAAUUGGCUGGUAAAUACUAGGAUAGAUUUGCGUACGUGGAAUGAAUUCAGUUGA